GGUUAUAUAAACAGCAAGCGGAUUAAUCGAUCAGUAGCAAGAGUUUAAGACUACAAAAGAGCAUUGUGUUGAAAAAAGGAAGAAAAGAAACAUUAAAGCACAAUUACAGAGAAAAGGACAACCACAACACUUUGUGACCAUACACAGAUGAACAGAUCGAAAGAGAGACAGAAACAGGAAAGGAAAGGAGAGAUGGACUAACUUUGACCCGACCUUGCUGGAACUAGAAACUUUGUGUGACUGUGAUUUGGGUAGAAUCGAUUUGGAAUCAGGUGGCCACUGUAGUGACCUGAGGCAAAGAUCUGGGGUUGUGCUCCCAUACACAUUCCCUUAUGUUCUGUAACAGUGGAUAUUUGAACUGUCAAUCAGUGUGAGUGCUUGUGUGACUGUGGAUCCUGGCUGUGUUCAGUAUCAGGGUUUGCUUAGAAGACUAGCAUGAUCUGCUGUUCUGAGCUUUAGGAGACCUGCACAGAGGCUCAGGCUCAUAGCUCUCUGAUCUUUAGGGAUCAGGCUUGACUUUGCUGAGCUGUUUAUGCACGUUUUGCUAAGGUUUCUCAGUAUAGUAUGUGCUGUGUGUGAUUGAUUUAAUGUUACAUUAGGUGUUUUAUUACUAUGUAGUAACAUAAUAAUAUGAAUGUAAUAAACAUAUUUAAGGUUUAUUACUAUGUAUUAACACAUUAAUAAGCAGAUCAUAAACAAAGUUUAGCACCUGCAAAUACAUAUGUUCUUGUGUUCAGCUCUUUAUGUGCCUUUCUAAAGUUUAUUGAAUGUUUUUAGAUUUUUCACUGUUUAAAAGCAGUUUAAUUCAUUUAAAAUCUGGUGAAAACAAUUGGCAGACAAGAUUGCACAUUGAUUUAUGGUUGUUUAGGUGAGCCAAACUAUGUUUGCAGUAUCACAUCGUUGUGCUGGCACCAAGGUGUGCAUAAUGACAAAGUGAAUCUCAGCAGGCUCCGAUUCAUCGCUGUACAGAAAAACAAACUGGGCUCAUAAUAAAAGACAAGCGACAGCAAGAUGUAAAACAACAAUUUCCAAAAAGCUUAUAUAACCAAAACAUUUUCUGGUAUUUAUUCUGUGAUGUGGUCUCAGAGAGUGUUCUUAGCUGGCAACAGUUUGGAAUAUGAUAACAACAGCUUUCUGAAUAUGAAGUGUAAUAUUAUCUAAAGUAAAUACGUCUGUAAAAAUUGAGCUCAGUCUUUGAGUGCUAAUAAGUGGUUUGCCUGUAUUAAUCAUAGAUUUGAAUGUGGAAAUUGCCAUGCAACGUGAAUGUUUUCUUACUCUUUAUACAUGGAGAUUUGAUCAUUUUAAUUAGCUGAGUUCAGUUGGUUAUUGCAUGUGAUAUUAGUUGCUUGAAUUCUCAAACGCUGUUGCUUAAGUGAUGUAGUUAACCCUGCGAUUAAAGAGCACUGGUGUUUAGUGUAGUAGUGUAGUAAUUUUGUUGUUCAGCUGUCGGGUGUGUGAGUGUGUGUGUGUGUGUGUGUGUAUGUGUUGAAUUGUGCAGUCAACAGCCACAGAGGCCUCAUUGAUCAGCUACUGAGCCUCAAUACACAAUGAGACCAGGCCAGCGAUCUCUCCUGCUCUCCUCCACUCCUUCCCUCCUGCUGCGCUCCCUCGUUUUGCUCUCCCUCUGCCCACGUGGGCAGGCGGUACAGGCUGAGAAUGUGACAGUGCUGGAGGGGGGGACAGCACAGAUCUCCUGUCGUCUCCAGAACUAUGAUGGUUCUAUUGUGGUCAUCCAGAACCCACGCAGACAAACACUAUUUUUCAAUGGAACGCGAGCACUGAAAGAUGACCGUUUUCAAAUGGUUCUUUUUACGCCGCGGCUGGUGCGGAUUACGCUGACUAACGUUAGUGUGUCUGAUGAGGGUGGCUACUUCUGCCAGCUCUACACUGAUGACACACACCACCAGGUGGCCACCCUGUCGGUGGUGGUGCCCCCGGAGGUGCCCAUUGUGGAGGUGAAGAAAGAGGCAGUGGAGGGUGGAGAAGUGGAACUCACAUGUGUGUCCCCACGGAGCAAGCCACCAGCAACACUACGUUGGGUUCGAGACCGUCGAGAGAUUCCUGGUGUGAUCUCUCAGCAGGAAAAUGGGAAGACUGUGAGUGUGUCCAACACUAUCCGUAUCCCCGUGGAGAGGAAAGAUAAUGGAGCGGCGAUGAGCUGUGAGGCAUCUCACCCAGUGCUCGUGGGGCAGAAACGAGUUCGUCACUACAGCCUGGAUGUUCACUUUGCUCCUACGGUGAAAAUUAUUCCCCCUCAGGGCAUCCUCCGAGAAGGAGACUCCCUCAGUCUCACUUGCUCUGUUACCGGCAACCCACUACCACGUGACAUCCAGUGGUCACGAGUGAACGAUACUCUUCCUGAGAGGGCGGAGAAAACGGCCAACAUUCUUCAUAUGUCUCGCCUCAGCCAAUCACACAACGGCACCUACCUCUGUCAGGCGCAUAAUAAUUACGGACGUGCAGCAGACCAUUACACACUGCUGGUGUAUGUGUCUCUCCCUCCCACCUCCCAUCCUGCCAUCACUUACCACAUCCUUCCACCCACCAGUAAUGCAGAUGAAUACAAAGAUCCCGGGGCAGUUGUGGAGACCCACAGUGCAGUUCCAUAUGCAGUUAUAGGGGGCAUCCUGGCUCUGCUGGUCUUCACUGUCAUCUGUGUGCUCAUCAUCACCAUCUGGUGCUCCGUCCGACAGAAAGGUUCAUAUUUGACUCAUGAGGCCAGUGGGUUGGAUGAACACGGUGAAGUGCAGGAGGCAUUCCUAAACGGUAAUGAUGCCAGCCAGGGCAAGAAAGAGUACUUACUGUAGUGCCGCCCUAGUGGAGCACUUCAGAAACACUGGACCGCAACAAAAUGCACACCACAACCACACACACUGCUCCCAAACAGACCUACACACCACCACAAUGACAACGAGAGGGAAGCAUCACAAUCGUGCCAUAUGAAGUUGGAGUGGGAAGGAGAGGACGGAGAACACAGUUGGGUGGAGAGAGACAGCAAGAGAAAGAGAGAAGGCAGAGGAUUAUUAUUAUUAUUAUUAUUAUUAUUGAAAGAGAUGUGAGGAACCACAAACACCAACUCUUGUCUCACACUCACACUUUCUGUUUUCAGUUGUGUGAGAUAGUGCCAGUUAGCUGUAAUUGUAGGGCCAGGAGAGAAAACUGGCCAUUCAAUAUGGGCCAAUCCAUAACUGGAUACAACGACAUCACUGCAGGAAGCCACAAGUGCUUAUGAGCUAUUGAAUGUCCCAACAUGAGCAAAUUGAAAUACCCAGCAUUGCCAAAUCAUCUAGGCUUCAGAGAAGAAUAUAAAUCCACCAAUCACAUCACUAAGAGCUUAGUGCCGCCCUCAUAAAUUAUUCAUACCGUGCUAUUGCUGUGUUUCACCCAGCGACUGAAUUAUCUGCUCAUGUUGGCCAAAAUCUUGUGCACAAUUGUCUACUUUCAACUUAGUGGUCCUGCUGAAGGAAGGUUCUUCUCUUUUGAUCCUCUCUCAGUGAUUCUCAGUUUCCUCCUCUCCAAUUGUCCUUCCUCUCCCUCUAUCGCUCCACUACUGUUUGUUAAUAAUUAAGGGAUUAGACUUGUUCUCAUUUAUGAAUGAAUUGGAGCGGAUGGCUUGCUCUGAAACUGUAAAACUGGGGGGUUAAUUAUUGAGAAGCAUCAUUGGAAAAGAAGAACUGCAAAUAGCUUGACUUGGGCGAGAAAAAAAACAAGAAGGGUGUUGGCAAAGAACAUGUAAGAAAUUUAGAUUUUAUGACUGCUAUGACACAAAAACACUUACACAUCGAAACAUAUCUCUGAAGUCAUUAUUUGUAUGGAAAAGUCUACAUAGUAAGCUAAAUUACUCUUAAGAAAUUGAUAAAAAAAAUAUUUACUUUUGCACGCAUUACAAAGCGAUGCUAUCAUACUAACAGAAAAUUAGCUUAGAGGUGCGAAAAUGAACAAACUACUGUUACAUUAUCUUUAAAAAAAUUUGAAAACUAAAAAAAAUUAAUCUUAAAGAGAUAUCUGAGGUCUUAAAUGUUUUUUAUUAAUUAUCAUUUGGACUAUUUUGAUCGUUGUUAUUGUUAUUGUUAUUGUUAUUAUUAUUAUUACUGUUAUUAUAAUUGUAAAUGCUAUAAAUUGUAUACUUCCCAUGCUUUAGUUUUACCUGUAGAAAAAGCUGUGUACCCACUUUUCUCUCUGCUCUUUCAUUCACUUCAGUCUUUCUUGAUCUUUCUAUCCUCUUUGUGUCCUUCUCCUUAUUUGUCCAUCUCCUAUUUGUCUUACACUUCCUGUUUAUUUUAUAGUCUUUGCGUCGCUGUUGAUAUAGCAAACUGUACAUCUUUAUAGGGGAAAGAUACCAAGCACGACAAAAUAAAAAAAUACUU